AUGCACUCCCCGAACGGAAAGGCACAGGAAACGGGCCGACGCAAGGCUGUCGCCUCCGAGCUUGCGGAGGCGGUUCUGGAAAGUUCCCAGCAAAGCCAAGCCUGCGAACCCUGGAGGACCCGCUGGGACGCCGGCCCGCCCUACCUGCGGGACGGGGGCGGAGGCUGCAGGGGUCCCGCCGGGGCCGCCGACCUCGCAGUCACUGGUGACCAGCUCGGGGUUUCGCCCGUCCGGCGGGGAGCCGAGCAGCCCCGCGGCUGCCGACGCCGCGUGUGGGGGGCGCGGGCGGACCGGGCCCGGCCGGGGGCUGCGAGGCUGCUGCCCCGGAGCGGCCGUGUGGGUCUCGGGCCAGGCGCACGCUCGUGGGCGGCAGCCUUCGCCCGGUCCCGGGCGGACCGAGCCGGCCCGGCGCCGUGGGAGCGGCAGGUUCCCCGCGAACUGAAACUUGUUCUCGGCGUUGAAGGCGCCGUUCGGGGCUUCCCGCCCGCCCGCGGCCCGAGCCCUGCGUGUCGGCCUCCGCUCAGGCCGGCAGGGCUCGUGGGGCUUCUCUCUCCGCCACUGCCCCAAGUUGGCCUCACGCAGCGCCGGGCCCGGUGCGCGCUGACCGGCCUCCAGCCGUGCGCGGAGAGCCACCUGCGCCUCCACCGGCGCCGCACACGCCGAGCGCGCGCAGGAAGUCACGGGCGUGUCCAGCCCGGCUGUCAGGUGCAGGGUCCGGGCCCACCUCGCCGUGUCCAGCCCCGCUGUCAGGUGCAGGGUCCGGGCCCCCCUCGCCGUGUCCAGCCCCGCUGUCAGGUGCAGGGUCCGUGCCCACCUCGCCGUGUCCAGCCCCGCUGUCAGGUGCAGGGUCCGGGCCCACCUCGCCGUGUCCAGCCCCCGCUGUCAGGUACAGGGUCCAGGCCCACCUCGCCGUGUCCAGGCCCCGCUGUCAGGUGCAGGGUCCGGGCCCACCUCGCCGUGUCCAGCCCCGCUGUCAGGUGCAGGGUCCGGGCCCACCUCGCCGUGUCCAGCCCCGCUGUCAGGUGCAGGGUCCGGGCCCACCUCGCCGUGUCCAGCCCCUCUGUCAGCUCUCAGGGUCCAGGCCCACCUCGCCGUGUCCAGCCCCCUCUGUCAGCUGUCAAUCUCCGGGCCCACCUCGCCGUGUCCAGGCCCCUCUGUCUGGUCAGGGUCCGGGCCCACCUCGCCGUGUCCAGCCCCGCUGUCAGGUGCAGGGUCCGGGCCCACCUCGCCGUGUCCAGGCCCCUCUGUCUGGUCAGGGUCCGGGGCUGGCAGAGAAGCGAACGAGAAAGGGAAAGCAGGACAGGGCCCACAGGGACCCCGGGACAGGUGGUGGCAUGGAGGGGCACAGCCCGGCGCCCAGACCUCUCCCACUGCCAGCCUUCAGGUGGCGCUGUUGGCCUGAGGCCGCCUGGUUGAUUGGCAGAGUGGUAGGUGGUCUGAGGGGCCAGCCCCUGCCUGCUCUCCUGAGGAACCCGAGGUGGGCAUUAAACACGGCUCGGUCUGUUUGCUUGGAAGGGCUGAUCUGGAAUCUACUGGGCACCAUUCCCGUGCAGGCGCUUCUCUUUUGUGUUCUUGUUUUGGGUUUGUUGAGAUUCCUCCAUUAGGUGAGUUUAUUUGGACAUCAGCUUCUUUCUUAGCCAGCAGAUUCUCAUGUCACUACCAAAAUUUCACAUCAGUUGGCAUGUCCUGCCAAUAGUAAGCCUUACAUUUGGUCUGGAAUGGGGUGGGAUAGUUAGCCCAGCGGCAGUAUUCUUGAUUUGUGUGUAUCCCAGUAUGGCUUUUGAUGUCUAUGAGCUGUAAUUUUUACACAUAACAGAUACUAUUCUUAAACCUAUCUGAACAUUCUGUGCCCCCCAAAGAAAAAGGUACUCUUUUCAGCUAAUGAGAACCUAGGCAGUGUGCGUUAAAGCAGAAUAUUUAAGAUGAAAGAUGAGUGACAUCGCAAUUCUUAAGUACCUUCUGUCCAGGAAUAAAAUGAGUCUUUGAGCUGUUGAGUUUAUUUCCACAGAACUGCUGUUUUUCCCCAAAGACUAAGUCUCUAGGCAGAAUUCAGUCCAGUAACCUAGAGGCCAGAUGAGCUCAUAACUCAUUAGCAGUUCACGGAACCAUCUGGAGCCCUUGAGAACAGUGUUCCGAGGACUGGGAAUAAAGACCGCCGUGUGCUUACCUCUCUUGCACGAUUCCCCUAGAGGGCUGGUGGGCGGCACGUGUAUCCCAGAGACUGCCGAGGCGGGUGUUUUCUGUGGCAGGGUAACUGGUCUCCCUGCGCCCUCCGUCCAGCCUGCAGGAGCUAAAUGGAUAUUGCGUCACAACAGUUCAUUGUGGAAAGAGCAGGACGGCAGAGAAAUAAUCAUUGUGAACACAAACUGUACGGGUCGCAAAAGUACCGCAUGCGAAGGAAAUGGCCGUGUGCACUGUGGUCUCUCGGCUCUGAGGCAUGCGCUGCCCACAGUGUGCACUGACUCGUGCGUGGCUCGCUGUGUCUUCGUUUUCUGAACUGUUCAUUACAUAAUCUUGUAGUGCUUUAUACUAACCUGUGUGUCUUUCCUCUCCUUUC